AUGUUCUCCGCAAACCACUGGGGAGGGUCCUUCGAGAUCAACAACAAUGGCGGCGACGCCGAUGACGAUCACAGCCGCAACAUGGACAUGGACCGCGCGGCGCUGUCGCGGCAGCUCGACGAGACGCAGCAGAGCUGGCUCCUGGGCCCGCAGGAGAGCAAGAAGAAGGACAAGUACGUCGACCUGGGCUGCGUCGUCGUGAAGCGGAAGCUGAUCUGGUGGGCCUUCUGGGCCCUGCUCGUCGCCUUCAUCGUCGUCGGGGUCCCGAUCAUCGUCGUGAAGUCGAUCCCGAAGAAGAAGGUGGCCCCGCCGCCGCCCGACCAGUACACGAACGCGCUCCACAAAGCGCUGCUCUUCUUCAACGCGCAGAAGUCCGGGAAGCUCCCGAAAAACAACGGGAUCCCCUGGCGGGGGGACUCAGGCCUGAAGGACGGGUCCGACCUGACCGACGUGAAGGGCGGGCUCGUCGGCGGGUACUACGAUGCCGGCGACAACAUCAAGUUCCACUUCCCCAUGGCCUUCUCAAUGACACUGCUCAGCUGGUCAGUUGUAGAGUAUAGCCAGAAGUACAAGGCAAUUGGGGAGUAUGACCAUGUAAGGGACCUGAUCAAGUGGGGCACUGAUUACCUGCUCCUCACCUUCAAUUCAUCUGCUUCCACCAUCAACCACAUCUAUAGCCAGGUCGGCGGCGCGCUGAUCAACUCGACAACCCCAGACGACCACUACUGCUGGGAGCGGCCCGAGGACAUGGACUACCCGCGGCCCGUCCAGACAGCCUCCUCCGCGCCCGACCUCGCUGGCGAGGUGGCCGCCGCGCUGGCGUCCGCCUCCAUCGUCUUCAGCGACGACGCCGCCUACUCGAAGAAGCUCGUCCACGGCGCCGCCACCGCCUACAAGUUUGCGCGCGACUUGGGGCACCGCCAGACCUACUCGCGGGGGAACCCCUACAUCGAGCCCUACUACAAUUCAACCGGGUACUGGGACGAGUACAUGUGGAGCGCCGCGUGGAUGUACUACGCCACCGGAAACACGAGCUACAUCUCGUUGGCGACCGAUCCGGCCCUCGCGAAGAACGCCAAGGCCUUCAUGCAGAUUCUGGACUUCUCUGUCUUCAGCUGGGACAACAAGCUCCCAGGUGCAGAACUGCUGCUCACCAGGCUGAGAAUGUUCCUGAAUCCUGGGUAUCCUUAUGAGGAAACACUCAGUGGCUAUCACAACUCUACUGGGAUCACCAUGUGCAUGGUGUUCAAGCAAUUCCAUGUGUUCAACUGGACCCAAGGCGGACUAAUCGAACUAAACCACGGUCGACCGCAGCCGCUGCAGUAUGCCAUGAACAUGGCGUUCCUGGCGUCUCUCUACGCCGACUACAUGGACGCCACGAACGUACCUGGAUGGUACUGCGGCCCCAACUACUUCUCCGCCGACAGCCUCCGUAGUUUCGCGCAGUCUCAGGUCGACUACGUCCUAGGAAACAACCCGCGGAAGAUGAGCUACCUGGUCGGGUACGGGUCGAACUACCCGAAGCACGUGCACCACCGCGGCGCGUCGAUCCCCCAUGACGGGAUCAGGUACUCGUGCACCGGCGGGUGGAAGUGGCUCAACUCCAAGAACGCGAACCCUAACUUGAUCACCGGGGCGAUGGUUGCCGGCCCGGACAAGUCCGAUGGCUUCUCCGACGUCCGAACUAACUACCAGUGCACCGAGCCGACCCUCGCGGGCAACGCAGGCCUGGUGGCGGCCCUGGUCUCGCUCACCAGCAGCGGCGGCGGCGGAAUCGAUAAGAACACCAUUUUCUCGGCGGUGCCACCGCUCUAUCCGGCGGCGCCGCCGCCUCCGCCGCCUUGGAAACCGUGAAAAAUCCAGCAAUGAAGGGAUUUUUUUUUUUUUUUAAAAAAAAUCUAUAUUUUUUUUCCAGAAUUUUGGCCUAAAAUUCUUUACUGUACAAGAUCAGUAUUUAAGGCAUUGUGUUUGUGGGCUGUGAGUUAACAGUGGAUGCUAUUUAAGCUUGGAGUAUGCUUUAAAUAACACUGAAGAACAAUGAGAUUAGGUGUAAAUGUAAUUUUACUCAAAGAAAAAGAAAAAAAACACUAUGAAUUUAGUAAA